UGCUGUCUGACGCGCCGCCGUCCGUGACAGCAUGCGCAAGGUGCUGGAGAACCGCAGCCUCUCGGAUGAGGAGCGCAUGGACGCUCUGGAGAACCAGCUGAAGGAGGCCCGCUUCCUGGCUGAGGAGGCCGACCGGAAGUACGACGAGGUGGCCCGUAAGCUGGCCAUGGUGGAGGCCGACCUGGAGCGUGCCGAGGAGCGCGCCGAGACGGGCGAAUCCAAGAUCGUGGAGCUGGAGGAGGAGCUGCGCGUGGUGGGCAACAACCUGAAGUCGCUCGAGGUCUCCGAGGAGAAGGCCAACCAGCGUGAGGAGGCGUAUAAGGAACAGAUCAAACAGCUCACGAACAGAAUGAAGCAGGCUGAGGCCCGCGCCGAGUUCGCCGAACGGUCGGUCCAGAAGCUGCAGAAGGAGGUCGACAGACUGGAAGACGAGCUGGUCAACGAGAAGGAGAAGUACAAGGGCAUCGCCGACGAGAUGGACACCGCCUUCGCCGAGCUGUCCGGCUACUAGAGCGCGCCGCGCGCCGCCGCCGGCGCCGAGCGCGGCCGGCGGGCACGGCCCGGGGUCGGGGCACGCGCCCUGCCGGCCGCCGGCCGCGGACCCCGCCCCCGCGCCUCCCCCUCCCUCCCUCCGGCGCAGCUACCGGCAGCAGUCACACCCUGUGAGCACCAGCGCCGCCGGCCCUUCACUCUUCUGUACGCCGCAUGCCCUUUCUGGCAGGUUUUGCUAUGUAUUUGUUAGGUUGCCCGGAGCAGAUGAUAUAUUAUUAUGUAUGGGUUCGAGUGGUGCUGAGGAGCGAGAUGUACGUCGCAUUUCGGCUAGAACGCGUCGAAGGAAACGGAAGUGAAGCACACUGCAGACUGUACACAGCUGUAUGACGUGACAAAAGAAUCUAACAAUUUUUAAGCC